GCCGCGGCGCGCGGGUGCCGGGCUCUGCCUCGCAGGCCAUGGGGGAAGGGGGCGCCGUGGGGCGCCGCCGGCCCUUCCCCGGGGCGCCGCGGCGGCGCUGGUGGCGGCGGCAGCAGCAGCAGCAGCGGCAGCGGCAGCGCUGGUGGCCGGGCCGCGGCGAGGGCGAGGGCGCGGGGCGCGCCGCCAUGGGCCUGGCCGGCUGCAGGCAGGAAGAUGUCCAAGCCCCGCGCGGUGGAGGCGGCGGCGGCGGCGGCGGCGGUGGCAGCGACGGCCCCGGGCCCGGAGAUGGUGGAGCGGAGGGGCCCGGGGAGGCCCCGCACCAACGGGGAGAAUGUAUUUACCGGGCAAUCAAAGAUCUAUACCUACAUGAGCCCGAACAAAUGCUCUGGAAUGCGUUCCCCCCUUCAGGAAGAGAACUCAGUUGCACAUCACGAAGUCAAAUGCCAGGGGAAGCCGUUAGCCGGAAUCUACAGGAAACGCGACGAGAAAAGAAACUCUGGGAAUGCAAUACGAAGCUCCAUGAAGGCCGAGGAACAGAAGAUCAAAGACGCCAGGAGAGGUCCCCUGGCCCCUUUUCCAAACCAAAAAUCUGAAGCAACAGAACCUCCCAAAACCCCGACCUCGUCUUGUGAUUCUCCCAACGCAGCUGCCGCCAAGCAAGCCCUGAAAAAGCCCGUCAGGGGCAAACAGGCUCCCAGGAAAAAAGCUCAAGGAAAAACGCAGCAGAAUCGUAAACUCACAGAUUUCUACCCUGUUCGAAGGAGCUCCAGGAAGAGCAAAGCUGAGCUGCAGUCUGAAGAAAGGAAAAGAAUAGACGAAUUGAUUGAAAGUGGGAAAGAAGAAGGAAUGAAGAUUGACCUCAUUGACGGCAAAGGCAGGGGCGUGAUCGCCACCAAGCAGUUCUCCCGGGGCGAGUUUGUGGUGGAAUACCACGGGGACCUCAUCGAGAUCACCGACGCCAAGAAGCGGGAGGCUCUGUACGCGCAAGACCCCUCCACGGGCUGCUACAUGUACUAUUUCCAGUAUCUGAGCAAAACCUACUGCGUGGAUGCAACCAGAGAGACAAAUCGCCUGGGAAGACUGAUCAAUCACAGUAAAUGUGGGAACUGCCAAACCAAACUGCACGACAUCGACGGCGUGCCUCACCUCAUCCUCAUUGCCUCUCGCGACAUCGAGGCUGGGGAGGAGCUCUUGUACGACUAUGGGGACCGCAGCCGGGCUUCCAUCGAAGCCUACCCCUGGCUGAAGCAUUAACCCCACGGCCCCGCCCCUCCCCCCUCCCUUCUUCAAUGGACAAAGUGCCCUCAAAGGGAAUUGACUUUUUUUUUUUUUUUUUUUUUUUUUUUACACAUUUAAUCUUAGCAGAUUACUUCAGAUGUUUUUAAAAAAGUAUAUUAAGAUGCCUUUUCACUGUAGUAUUUAAAUAUCUGUUACAGGUUUCCAAGGUGGACUUGAACAGAUGGCCUUAUAUUACCAAAACUUUUAUAUUCUGGUUGUUUUUGUACCUUUUUUGCAUACAAGUCGAACGUUUGUGCUUCCCGUGCAUGCAGUCAAAGACUCAGCACAGGUUUUAGAGGAAAGAGUCGAACACGAACUAGGAAGCUGGGCGAUGCGCCUGCGUCCACCCGAGGAGCCGGGACUCUCUCCCCUCCUCACCCCCGACGUCCCAGUGCCAGGCGGGCGCGAGGAAGAGCUGCCUCCCCACGGCCUGGACGGGAUGUUCCCAAGCUCUUGUUUUCCUGACAUCUCGACAGGCGCACAUUGAAGUGUAUGAAUAUUUUUUAAAAAGGUUUCACAGUAAGAUAGUCUUCCCCUCUGCUUUCUCGAAAGCUUACUGACCCGGUGGCUCACGGGCCGGGCCUAGAUUUACUCUUCCACGGGCUGCCGCUUUUCUGGGCACCUCGAAGCAUCAGGGCGGGGAAUCAAAGCAGAUGUGGGCAGGGACAAGCACUGCUUACCCAGCCCUGCCGGCAGGGGUUCCCGAAACUGGGUUAAUUUCUUUAUAGAAAUGUGAACACUGAGCUUAUUUUAAAAAAAAUAAUAAAAAUCAAAAAACAAAAAAGAAAAAAAAGAAACCACAGAAGACAACUUACAUGUAUAUAGGUCUUGAGGUGAGUGACGUGGCUGUGUUUUUGUUUGGGGUUUUUUUUUAGUUUGGCUUUUUUUCUCCCCCUUGGUUUUGUUUCUGUAGAAGAGAUUUGAGAUGGUACACUAUUCUAAUCAAAAAUAAAGUUUUGUAGUGGGACCAGAAAUCACUUACCCAAUUUCCCACCUCCCCACCCCCCGCCCCAACCUGAUUCUGCUGGGUUGAAAGUUCCAGACCUGCUGUCAAGGCUUUUGUUUGUCAGACCCCCUGGUGUCCUUCCUGUGAAGAUGCAGCCAU